AUGUCCUCGACGCACCCGUUAUUCCCUGGCCAGCCGAUGCUUGCACCCCCCGAGCCCCUCUCGUUCUGGGCUGGCCUCACCCGGGCCUCACUCCCCUGCGACGCCGACGAUCUCGAGUCUCUUGUCGCCAAGCUCAACAUCAUCGCCGCUGCCACAAGCCAUGGCCUGCCCCCCGACCAGCUCCGCGCCCUUGCCUCUCCCUUCGACGCCGUCCGCACUUGUGCCACUGCCAUCGACCGCGCCAAGUGCAACAUGUUGACCACGGAACGCGACCUCUUCGACGCCUGGCACAACAAGACCUUGCCCCUCCCCAGCCUCGACCUCGCAAGACACGUCGCCCCCGUGCCCAUCGACAGCGGCACCUGGGAACACUACACCCUCUUGGCCACAGCCAUGGACGAGAUCUGGGGGCUCGCGAGCAGGGACGAGGCAGGAGGCAUUGGCAGACCCAGAGCGACGGCCGCCAACUUUGCCUGGCUCCAGGACAAGCACCCAGACCUGUUGCCCCUCGUCAUCACUGUCCGCAAGGUGCUCUCUACCGAAGAGUCUUUUGUCAGCGGCAACGUGAUCUUCACCAUCAGCCAGGCGGCCUCCCGCGUCAUGGCCAGGGAGAACAAGCGCUGUGCCAGGCUGAGCAAGGAGGCCAGGAUGCUCAAGGACCAGAUAGCCAGGCAGCUGCGCCCAGCCACCGACAAGGCAUCAAUCAAGCAGGAGGACGGACCAGUGUCUCCUCAGAGCCACCGGGCAGCUAGACAGCCAUACCAGUCGUUUCUCAGACGCAUGGUGCCCGUGCGAUGUGGGAGCGCCGACUCGGACGACAGCACCAGGGCCCAACCUCGCACGCCCCCGAGGAUCCCUGUGCCAGACACAGACCGUACUGGACAACGUGAUGCUACAACACAGCCGAGACAGUUCCUGCCCCCGUACCUGGACAAGCCUAUGCCCACCAAGAUCGAGCACGAGCCAAUGCUUCGGCACAUACCCGUUUUGCCAGGAGACAGUCGCAAACGGGCUACGUCGCCGUUGACAAACGCAGGCCAGGGAGGUGUCAGCGUCGGAUACAUGACCAAACGUGUCAAGCUUUCUCCGCCACAAAACAAGCUCGUGGACAGCACAGGGCUUGCCGUCGACCCGGACUACAUCCCCUCAGAGACACAGCCUUUGGACGAUGAGCUGUAUGGAGACGAGUUGCUGCACCACCAGCUGACAUCGGCACCAGCUGUUUGCCUGGUACCGGCUGCCACGUACUACAAGUGA